AUGGCAGACAGCGGCGGCGAGCGCCGCCCGGUGCUGGUUCAAUGGAUCCUCGACACCCGGAACCUGUGGCCAGAAGCAUCCAAGACCAAGGAUCUCGAAACAGUGGCGUCUAGGGCCCUCGCGCUCCUCACGCCGGAGGAGAAGGCAGGGGUGCUGCGCUACAUGUUUGUGCGCGACGCCAAGAUGUCGCUGGGCUCGCACCUGCUCAAGCACUACGCCGUCAGCAGGCUGCACGGCGUGCCCUGGCGCGAGGCCGCCAUCACGCGCGACCCCAGGACGAAGCCCGUCUACCGCGACCCGGCGACCGGCGGCCAGCCCGUGUCGUUCAACGUGAGCCACCAGGCCGGGCUGGUCGCCCUCGUCGCGGUGGCCCGGUUCGACGGAGAGGUCGAGGUCGGCGUCGACGUGGUCUGCGCGUCGGAGCGGCGCGGCCGGGACCACAAGAUGGUCGCCGAGGAGGGCUGGCCCGCGUUCGUGGACAUGCACGCCGACGUGUUCGCGCCGGGCGAGGCCGCGUACCUCAAGUUCCAGGUGCUGAGCGGCGGAGCCCUGCCCGCCGGGAGCAGUGCCGAGGCCGUGCUCGACUUCAAGCUGCGGUGCUUCUACGCGCUGUGGUGCCUGCGCGAGGCGUACGUCAAGAUGACGGGCGAGGCGCUGCUGGCCAAGUGGCUGCGGGAGCUCGAGUUCCGGGCGAUCCGUCCGCCGGCUGUUGCGGCGGCGUCGUCGUCGUCGUCGUCAGACAAUGAGGCGCAGGGCGGCGCGGUCAAGGUGGAGGAGAUUUGGUUCCAGGGCCAGAAGGUGCAGGAUGCAAACGUGUGUAUCCGGUCGUGGGGUCCCGACUACAUGACGUGCACGGCGGUACGGACGCCCGGACGCGAGGCGGACGGGCUGGCCUUCGAGCUGGGCCCUUACGAGGUGCUGUCUAUGGAUGAAGUGCUGAGCUUUGCCGAGUCCAUGAUGUGA